AUGCCGGACGGAAUGGUCAAAAAGUCAGAUCCUAUCAUCAUCGUCGGAGGCGGGGCCUUUGGACUGUCGACUGCCCUCCAUCUGCUGAGGCGGCAAUACACGGACAUCACCGUCUUCGAGCAGGAUGCGCAGAUUCCCUCCAAGUACUCGGCGGCCAACGAUCUCAACAAAAUCAUGCGGGUGGAGUACGAGGAUCCUUGGUACACUGAUCUGACCUAUAAAGCCCUCGAGGGAUGGAAAACCCCCCUCUUUGCCCCGUACUUCCAUCAAGUCGGCUUCUUGCACUGCGUCUCGGCCACCGCCCCACAGCGUGCCAUCGACACCCUCAACCGCUUCCGUGACGCCGCACUCCGGGAUGCGCGCGUAGCCAAACACGUCAGCGACAUCUCCCAGCUGUCUGACAUCCGGGAUGACUAUCGCUGUUGGCAGUUUUCUGGAGACUUUCCCGGCUGGAAGGGCUAUCUGAACAAACUCGACGGCUACACUCAUUCAGCCAAUGCCCUCAGGGGUAUUCAUAGACAUGUCAGUACAAGGGGCGUCAAGUUCAAGGUAGACCCGGUGGCCGGCAGUGUCAGAGAGAUCCUUUACGAUAGCAACACCAACAAGACCACGGGUGUCAAGACCCGCGACGGGAGUGUUCACGAAUCAUCUCUGGUCAUAAUCGCAGCGGGCGCCAUGGCCGCCAAGCUCCUUCCGGGCAUUGGACAGCAAGUGGUCGCCAAGUCCUGGUCCGUUGCGCACGUGCGCCUGAGCGACGACGAGACGGCGUCUCUGAGAGGCAUCCCCGUUGCGUAUGCACGGGAUCUAGGGUUCCUGUUUGAGCCAGACCCGGCGACAAAUCUGCUCAAGAUAUGUCCGAUGGGAGGUGGAUACAUCAACACCGACCAGCAAACUGGCGUGUCGCUACCUCCAGACGACUGGAGUCAAACUGUGGACAUCUUGCCCGUCGAGGACGAGAAGCGGAUCCGGCAGCUACUGCGGGAGACUAUCCCGGCGCUAGCUGACCGACCACUAGUCAACAAGGCGCUAUGCUGGUUCGCUGACACGGAGGACUCGGAUUUCAUCGUGGACUAUGUUCCCGGCACGGACCGCUCGGUGAUUGUGCUGUCCGGUGAUUCGGGUCACGGGUUCAAGAUGUUUCCUAUAGUCGGGGGGUGGUCGGCGGAUCUUCUCGAGAAUGGGAGCAAGGGUCAGCCCAUCCAUCGCUGGCAAUGGAAAGGAAAAGGUCGCCACGGAGCAGCAAUCGCAGGAGGACUGGGGCAGUACUGUUAG